AUGUCUGAAAAAUCAAAAGAAGAUAUCGUCUACGAUUUGAUGGUUGAUGAUGAAACUGGCGAUUUAAGGCCCAAAGUGGAUAAGAUCCUCAAAGACAUCUUUGACAAUUUCGACAAGGAUAAGGAUGGAAAAUGGGAUUUGAAAGAGUUGCAAGACUUUGCUACAGCUACAAAUGGUCGUCCAUUUGAAGAUGCUGUGAUUGAGGAAAUUAUCGAGUCUUUUGAGAUUGACAAGGAGAACCGUUUGCUAUUCUCUGGAUUCUAUCAAAUGUAUUAUAUGCAAACUAUUUCUGAACCAGAGGAGACAUUGAAGGACUUUAAGAAGCACGGUUAUGAUGAUAACUUGGAUUUAGUGUCUUCUCGCACAGAAGAAAAGGAGGAAAAAAAAUAA